AUGUUUGGUUCCCUGUUUUUAAGAAACAAAGGCGUCCAAAGGGCCAUGAGUUUUGAUGCUCGCAAUAUAGUGUUGAAUGUAAAUGAAUCUAAUAAUCCUAUGAGCCGCCAAAAGGAUUCCGACACCAGUUUAAAAGCAGAAAACAAAUUGGAAAAGGCUAGACGACUCCAAAGACCAAAACCACUUGUUAAAGCCCUUCAAGAAUAUUACGAUCAAAAAUGUCGUCGACCAUCCACCAAAAGUCUAGGGAAAGCCAAUCAAUUCUUUAAUUCCAGCAAUGUGAAAUUUGAAUGGAGUGCUUUCGAUGCGUUCGAUAUACCUGGAGAAUCUGGGAGGCAAAAUUUGGAAGAAAGGAUCGCAUCGAACAGCAGUGAAAUGGAAAUUCCAAAAAAGCGGUCUUCACAGAAGCAUCUGCCUGAAGUAGCAUUCCUUGGUAGGUGCAAUUCCGGGAAAUCAACCGUAAUCAACAAUUUAACUACCGCAUUUUCCCAGAAUAAACUAGAUUUGCACGCUAGAGUUUCCAGACAUGCAGGCUUUACUAAAGGCAUCAACUGUUUCAACAUCAGCGGCCGUUUACGCUUAAUUGACACACCAGGAUAUGGUGUCAAGAGCACCCACAAUCAAGGAGAUCUAACUAUGCAUUACUUGAGAAAUCGCAGAGAACUACGGAGGUGUUUCCUCCUUAUAUCCGCUGAACAAGGUCUCCAGGAAUUCGAUUUCCAAAUAAUCGAGUUUUUGCAGACUUACGGUAUACCGUUCGAAAUCGCUUUCACUAAGCUCGACAAAUUGAGAGAUGCGGGUACAGUUCAUAACUACAUUGAGAUCAGUGGGGUAUCGGAAUUGGCCACACUGCCGCAGUUGCUCUUUUUGAGUUCGCUUGAUAAGAAAAAUGUUAAAAGACACGGCAUUGACAGGUUGAGAUACGCAAUUUUAGAAAGUUGCGGGUUAGCGUAG